AUGGGCGAUACUGACGAGCUCGAAUUGUUUCGCCGACGGUGGCGCGAGGAGCUCUUAAUUGAAUCGGACCGCAGGGCUUCUCCUGCUGCGGCUUUGGCCUCAACUGCCCCGCCUCGGACCAAGAAAAAAAUGUCUAUUACGACAUGUUCGAUGUAUCAAGAUCUUCACGAUGAGGUGUCGAGCUUGCUAGCCGAGGUAGAUCUUCAUUAUCAGUUUUUCGAGGAAGAUGAUGAGACGAAAUGCACUCGAAUGCGUGACACAAAUAUUAUGGGCCGUUUUGUGUGCAACCAAAGAGCAUGCAAGUCCAAAGGAUGGUCUAGCAACAAGAUCGCUGUCACAAUUCGUCUUUAUCCAGAGCAAAAGUACAAUGCCAGGGUAUACCACCAACGCUGCAAAGCUUGCAGCUCGCUGAGCCGGCCGGUUUUGGAUCAGUCAUACGCCGAGAGAAUCGUUUACUGGAUUAAACAAUGGAACGGAAUUCGGGUAGAGAGGCCUCCAUUCUCCCACGAAAGAAGAGGUCCUCAUAACAGUCAGCUUUGUGAGGGGUGUAGAGCUGGGCACUGCUCCCAAUCUGGGGAGGACUGGGCUAUCCGGCUAGAAAUGUUGACUCUAUAG